AUGGCUCCACGAACAAGUUCUACACCCUACUCUUCCUCGAGUCGAAUACCGCCUUCGGUGGGCCAAGCAUUGCCACCAAACUCAGCAUUGUUGGGUUCGCCGGCAGCACACGCGGAGGUCAAAACACCAAGUCCUAAUUACUUUGGCAUGAUCGUGGAUCCGACGAGCGACCCCCGAAACUCAGCAGUUGGCCCGCAAUCUAACUGGAGUCCCUCGUCCUCAAUCGCGUCCUUCGGGACUCAAACACCAAUGCAUAUACCGCUGAACGCGAAUCCCGAAUUUGAGUUGUUUAGAAGACAGAGCGAAGGCACGAAGGGAUUCAAUCUGGGACAUGGAAACCUGUCGCAUUUCGCCUCUACCCCAGGACCUCGACCAAAACCAGACCGGAGACCUACGAGACCCGAGACUCCUGUGUCUAUACCUCCAAGACUAAGACCAUCCCAGAACGAUGGCACACCAGAGUGGAUAGAUGUGGACGACGGCAAAGGGCAGUCCUCGAAUAAAAAUGAGAGCAAGAAGGAUGGAUUAAGUACGCCAUCAUUCUUUGAUAUACCAAGGCAACAGUCACCGAUGCCGAUGAAUCCAGCAAGCACGCAGCGAGAUGCCCUGUCUCGCCUCGAUGAUAGACAUCCUCGGCUCUCGUUACCACAAAACAGGGCCAAUCCUCCUUCUCCUCAGAUACGAUUGCCGCCAAAGCUUUCACAUCAUAGAGCCGAUACCCUACCGUCUGCUUUAGAGGAAGGUCCAUCGAUGAUCCCGUCGUCCCAGGUUCGAGAUCUAUUAACUAGUCUACAACUGUCACAAUAUCUCUUACUAGACCUUCGUGUUUCUACGCAGUUUGCCAUUUCCCGUAUCCGGGGUGCGCUCAAUCUCUGCAUACCGACUACCCUAUUGAAAAGGCCCUCGUUUACCCUGGACAAGCUUCGAGAUACCUUUACCAAUCCAGAAGAUCAGGACAAGUUCUCGCAAUGGAAAAGUGUUCAAUACAUUAUUGUCUAUGAUGCCUCGUCUGUAGACAAAAAGGAUGCACUCUCAUCUGUUAAUACUCUGAAGAAGUUUGCUACGGAAGGCUGGAGUGGUAAGACCUACAUUGUGCGAGGAGGCUUCACAGAUGUAGCCAAAAACUUUCCUCAGCUUAUCGAUAAAAAGUCGACCCAGGAAAAGCCGUCAAAAGUUAAUCUGUCGUUGGGGAUGAACAUGGCUCCUGAUGUUGCUCCAGUUGCCGGUGGUUGUGCCAUGCCUGCGUUCAAGAGCGCGGCAAAUCCCUUCUUCGGCAACAUUCGACAGAACACAGAUUUGAUUGGCGGAGUUGGCCAGAUGGAUGUCAAGCUUCCAGAAGCUUUAGCUCAUGUACCUCUUCCGGCGUGGUUAUCUAAGGUUGCUGAUAAGGAAGAUCACGGAAAGAAACUGGCGGACAAAUUCCUAAAGCUGGAGCUAACCGAAAAAUCGAGAAUGGAAAAAGCACUUUCCUCACAAGUCUCAUACGGCACGCCCGGUGCGGAGUCCAAACGUGUCCAGAUUGCUGGGAUUGAGAAAGGUGGUAAGAAUCGAUAUAACAACAUCUGGCCAUUCGAACACACUAGAGUAAAGCUUCAGCAUGACUCGAACGAUGCUUGUGAUUAUGUCAACGCAAGUCACAUUAGGCCAUCAAGGAGCAACAAGAGAUAUAUAGCAUCGCAAGGACCUCUUCCUGCUACCUUUGAGGACUUCUGGAGUGUGAUCUGGGAUCAAGACGUUAGAGUUAUUGUUAUGCUGACUGCUGAGUCAGAAGGUGGCCAGCUCAAGUGCCAUCCAUAUUGGAAUACGCAGAAUUACGGCUCAUUGAAACUCAAGAAUCUCUCUGAAAAGAAGAUAUCACUGCGCCCAAAAAGACAGCGCUCUUCAGACAAGUACCGUCCACGGUCAGAUCGCUCAGAGGCUGGUCGCCGAAGAGCCAACACCACUUCUGAAAGUGCUUCUCCACCAGCUCCUGUCUCACCAGACGUACCGUUUGCAAUAGUGAGAAAAUUUACGCUAGCUCACUCUGGCCACCCUUUCUCUCCCAUGCGUGAAAUCACCCAAGUACACUACUCCUCGUGGCCUGACUUUGGAGCUCCAGCAAGCGCAGAUCAAUUGCUCAGUCUCGUGGAGCUCUGCAAUAACAUGCAACAAAUAUCUUCGUCCUCGACACAAUCGCCGCGUUCGGAUGAUCCUGAAAUGAGUCAAUCACCACGACCGAUAUUAGUGCAUUGCAGUGCCGGCUGUGGACGCACUGGAACAUUCUGUACAAUCGAUUCAGUUAUCGACAUGUUGAAACGCCAACGUAAAGAAAUAACAAGUGGAGUUACACCGAUGGAGGGAAUGACUGUUAGCGGUGGUGAUUACAUGGGCAAGGGGAAGAAGUCAUCGGCUGCCGUAGAUGGGGAUUGGAUUUUCAACACAGAUGUUGACCUCGUUGAAAAGACAGUGGAAGAUUUCCGAGGUCAGCGCCUAAGCAUGGUACAGACCUUGAGGCAAUUCGUCUUGUGUUACGAAGCUGUGCUGGAAUGGAUCGCCCAGGAGACAGUCGGCAGUUCACCAGAGACCGGGCGUGCGCGAAGUGGGAGUGCUGGUCAUGCUGAUAUUGAAAGAAGGAGAUUACCUGGCGUAUCUUCAUGA